UCGAUACCAGCGCGAGUGGGUAAACCAGUCGGUUCGGCGCUUUCUUUUUCAAUGGACUGAAUUUUCUUUAAUUGCUCUAUUUACGCAAGCGAAACGAAUCGAUGCAAUUGCCCGGAUCCGGAAACAUUGCGAUAUAGUCAACGCAAUUGCAGUGAAUUUUCGACCCGUGGAUUGCGUCACAGUGCAGAAAAUGCGAAUUUGACAACCAUCUGUGCGCCGAUCGGUGGAAAACUCUCGAUUUUGCAGUGGGCGCCCCACCAAGGACGACCUAGAAACGCCCCAGACGGGCAGCAGAAAGUAGGACAGGUGACAUCACAGCAGAACCAUGAUCCACGUCGGCGAGAACUCGUGGAAUCUGCGGAUCUUCAUCACGGAUCUGGCGCUGGAGAAAACGAUGCGCGUGCGCGGUGACCAACACAUUGGGGGCAUCAUGCUGCAGCUGGUGGAUCCGGAGAAUCCCAAGGACUGGUCGGAUCAUGCUCUGUGGUGGCCGGCGCGAAAUGUUUGGCUCAGCCGAACCAAACUGACCCUGGAUCAGUGCGGUGUCCAGGCGGAUAGCCUGCUGCACUUCACGCCCAUGCACAAGAUACUGCGGGUUCAGCUGCCGGAUUUGAGGUACUUGGACUGCCGGGUGGAUUACUCCGUAAAGACGUUCUCGGCGGUGGUUAAUCUAUGCAAGCAGUUGGAUAUCCGCUAUCCGGAGGAGUUGUCCCUGUGCAAACCUCUGGAAGCGGAGCACCUGAAGCGUAACUUCGCCCAGGUGCCGCAUCAGAAGCGAGUGCCAAUUGCUGAGCCAGAUGGUACCACUUACCUGCAGCCUGCUGCGGACACCAACUCGUUUGUGCCCAUCAGCACGUCGUUUCAUGGAGAAGGCGGAAGCACGGACAGUCUGGACAAGCCCUCUGCACCGGGAUCCUUCUUCUGUGCUCCUCUAUCGCCGCACAAUCACCGAGCCCGCUCUCCAGUGCGCGCCGCAUCACCUUUUCCAGGCACCUGGAAACAGAGCCAGCUUGCCUAUGCCACGUACGAUUCAAGCUCCUCAAGUCUUGGAGAUUUCCAGGAGAAUUUGGCCAGCUCUCCUCCCACCCCAUGCGCGGAUGUGCGAGCUCUUCAGCUGCGCCCCAAGUCGCUGGUGGAGAAGGCGCGCCUGAAUGUGGGCUGGCUGGACUCGUCGCUGUCCAUCAUGGAACAGGGCAUACGCGAGUACGACACGCUGUGCCUGCGCUUCAAGUACUUCACCUUUUUCGAUCUAAAUCCCAAGUGCGACCAGGUGCGCAUCAAUCAGCUGUACGAGCAGGCCAAGUGGAGUGUGCUGAACGAGGAGUUGGAUUGCACAGAGGAGGAGAGCCUUAUGUUCGCCGCCCUCCAGUUCCAGGUGAACCAUCACGUAGAUCAUACACCCCAGGGUGUAGCAGUGGACUCGGGCAUUGAAACCUCCAGUCAGGAGAAUGAUAACGAAGACGAGAUUGAUUCGGCACUCAAAGAGCUACAGAUUACGCUGGAGGGACCGGAUUACGGCGGAGACUCGCGGAACAUUACACGCAUACCGGAGCUCUCUGACUAUUUGCGUUACCUGAAGCCGCAAAGGUUCACGCUGCGCGGCUAUAAGCGCUACUACUUCACCUAUCGGGAUCUGCAUUUGCAUCUGUUCAAGAACGCCGAAGAGUCGCGACGUGUUGCGCCUGUCAUAAGCAUCAACCUGAGGGGCUGCGAAGUAACUCCGGAUGUAAACCUAUCCCAGGGAAAGUAUGCUAUCCGGCUGGAGGUCUCUCCAGAUGGUGGCCACGGUACCAACAGCGAGGUGUGGGUGCGCUGCGAGAACGAGCAGCAGUACGCCAAGUGGAUGGCUGCCUGUCGUUUGGCGGCCAAGGGAAGAUCCCUGGCGGAUAGCUCGUACGAGAGUGAAGUGGACAGCAUACUCUCGCUACUGCAGAUGCAGCGACCUGCACACGGAGUUCAUGUAAACAUCGAUCCUCGCUCUGUAGAAGCAGUUGAUUAUCUGUCGCCCAAGAUCCUCCGCAAGCUGUCCAACAAGGCAGUCCAGCGGAUUCUCGAAGCACAUGCCAACGUUCGGGAGCUGAAUGCUUUAGAUUCAAAACUGAAGUACAUCCAAGCCUGGCGGUCGUUACCUGACUUUGGAGUAAGCCUGUUCAUCAUCAAGUUCGACGGGCAUCGGAAGGAGGAGCUGCUCGGCGUGGCCCACAAUCGCAUCAUGCGCAUGGAUCUGAGCUCGGGGGAUCACAUUAAGACCUGGCGAUAUAACACCAUGAAGGCGUGGAACGUCAACUGGAACAUUAAGUGCAUGAUGAUUCAGUUUGAAGACGAGAAUGUGGUCUUCUCCUGCCACUCGGCGGACUGCAAGGUGGUGCACGAAUUCAUCGGUGGCUACAUCUUCAUGUCAAUGCGAUCCAAGGACAACAACCAGACCCUGAACGAGGAGCUCUUCCACAAACUUACCGGCGGCUGGUCCUAGUACCAUUUGUUGCUCGAUCUUAAUGGCAACCAGUUUCAAUUGUUCGAAUUUUGUUAAGAUAAACCACUGUUUUAACUGAUAACCAACUGAUAGACUCACAACUUCAA